ACUGGUUUUACAACGGGUCUGGGGGAUUUUUUUCUCUGCUCCAACCAAUAGCGGAAGCUUGGUCCCUUCUGGUUAAACUAUACCUUCUGGUCUAUUUGUAGCUAGCUAAUCAGAAUAUAGGAGCUAGCUAAAGUUGGUUACAGUGACUGACCACCUUAGUGCAGCGUUGCUAACAUUAAACGACAUCAAGCUUUAGCGAAGUAAACAUACCGUAAACGGAGUUCUCAGCCUUGCUGAUAAAAAUUGUGAAUGACGCAGCUUGAAUUUGACGUAGCUAGAGAAAAGCAAAUGAAAGCGAUGUUGUGUUCACUCUCUCCUUUCAUGUAGACUACAACUUUUGACUAUUUUACUUCAGUCCUUAAGUGUUAGAUGCGUUUCGCCUAGAUACUAUAAUUCACCUUAAAGAAGGAGCGUUUUCCUGUCGGUUGCACCAGUUUUGCAAUUUAAGCUUCACACACAUCUCUGAUUGACUGGAACUUGCCACUCCAGGAGGAGAAGAAAAUAGGAAUUGGAAGAUACCAUAAGAACACUAAGCGAGUAUUCAACCAACUUGAGUGGCAUCAACUUUCAGAGAUCAACAAUGGAGUCACUGAGUGCUGAAAAUACCAAGUUCUCCCUGGACCUGUUUAAGAAGAUAAGUGAGAGUAAGAAAACGGACAACAUCUUCUACUCUCCACUCAGCAUCUCCUCAGCUCUGGCCAUGGUGUACAUGGGCGCCCGGGGGAACACAGCUACACAGAUGGCUGAGGUGCUUCGCUUUAGAAAAGAGAAGAAACAUGAAGCUCCUGGACUGCAACAACAAGAAGUAAAAAGACAGCUUCCACCAGAGGUGCUGAAGUCUCCCCUUCAUGAAGCUGAUGAUGGCAUUCAUGCUGGAUUCAACAAACUGAUGUCUGAGCUCAACAAAGAGGGUGCCCCGUAUGCUCUGAGCCUGGCAAAUCGCCUGUAUGGGGAGCAGUCUUACGAGUUUGUGGAGAAGUACAUUCAGGACACAAAGAAGUUCUAUCAGGCAGAGCUGGAGACUGUUGACUUCAAAUCAAAAGCAGAGGAUGAAAGGGUGAAGAUUAACAGCUGGGUGGAGAAGCAGACUCAAGAUAAAAUCAAGAACCUGCUGUCGAAAGGGACUGUUAACAGUAUGACCAGUCUGGUGUUGGUGAAUGCUAUCUAUUUUAAGGCUGAUUGGGACAAUAAAUUCAAAGGGAGUGACACACAUGGACGGCAAUUCAAAUUGAAUAAGAAUGAAAUUAAGCCAGUUCAGAUGAUGGAACAGACAGGCAACUUUGGUUUGGCAUUCAUUCCGGAGGUCGAUUGUCAGAUUCUAGAGAUGCCUUACAUUGGUAAAGAGCUGAGCAUGCUCAUUAUUCUGCCUAGUGAGAUUGAGGAUGACUCCACAGGGCUUGAGAGGUUGGAAAGGGAGCUCACAUACGAGAAAUUAAUUCAGUGGACACAGCCUGACAUGAUGAAGAGUGUUGAGGUAAAUGUGGCUCUGCCCAAGUUUAAGAUGGAAGAGACCUAUGACCUGAGAGAUAUUCUGGUCAGUAUGGGGAUGGAGGAUGCCUUCGAUGAGUCAAAAAGCGACUUAACUGGCAUUUCUUCCAGCACUAACCUAGUGGUGUCCAAAGUGGUGCACAAGGCCUUUGUGGAGGUGAACGAGGAGGGCACAGAGGCUGCUGCUGCCACUGCUGUCACCAUGACUCUUCUUUGUGGCAGGCUAUACCAAAAUUGUUUCACCGCAGACCAUCCCUUCCUGUUCUUCAUCAGACACAACCCCAGUCAGAGCAUCCUCUUCUAUGGCCGGUUCUGCUCCCCUUGAAGUCUUAAACUCUGCAGUUUCCAGUUAUAAGCAGGAGUCUAAAGAAUGACUGUCUGCAUGUUAAAUGGCUCUACAAUGCUGUUUGCCUUAAAAUAAUAUUUCAUUGUUAUCUGCUUCUCAGAGCUUAGACAAUCCUGCUGCAGUGCAUUUUUUUCAUUCCUGUCCAUUGUAUCCUCUUUGAAGAUUAAUACUGGCUUAAGACCAUUGCUUCCUUUCUGUUCAUUAUAUUUUACUCAACACUGAAAUGUCAAAAAACAAGAAGCAGUAACCAAGAUCACAUUACUCAUUUGUGAAAAUAAAAGUGCAAAAAAGUCUA